CAAUAUCAGUGCAGGUUACAUUUGUGGUCCUGGAGUUUAAGUCGACAGGCUGAGGAGUACACAUGCGCGUAUUGCCAUAAGCCCUCAUUGGAACAUAUUGGAAUUGCUGUUGGAAGAAUCUUUCACCUUGGGACUUUAAUUUAAAAGAUUGAAGAUGCGUCUUUACAUAAGGCACAUACUUUGGCUAUUUUGCGCAUGCUGUGUCAUCUCUGAAUAUGGAGAAGCCAUGGUGAUGAAGACCAAGACCAGAGGCCCAGUCCAAGGCUCUCUGGCCGGCAAAGCGCUCCUGUCGUGUCGCUUCUCCACCACACACACCGCCAAGAGCGCCACUCUGCCACCCACCACCACCACCUCAGCUACCACUGCUGACCACCUGCGAAUCAAGUGGACCAAGCUGGAUGGGGAUAGCGAGCAUAUCGUGCUGGUGGCUCAGAAUGGUAUCAUCAAGAUUGGUCAGGGAUACCUGACCAGGGUGUCAGUACCAACCAAUGCUGAGGACGCAGGAGAUGCAUCUCUCACCAUAGAGAAACUCCGGGCCAGUGAUGAGGGCAUCUAUCGUUGUGAGGUUAUGUUCGGCAUUGAAGAUACACAGACCACCGUCUCCUUGGAUGUCAGUGGGGUUGUAUUUCACUACCGGGCGGGCACCAGUCGCUACACUCUCACUUUUGAGAAAGCCAAGGAGGCCUGCCAAAGUGUAGGGGCAACCAUUGCCACUGAGGACCAACUGACGUCUGCCUUCGAGGACGGAUUUGACCACUGUGACGCUGGCUGGGUCGCAGACCAAACCGUUAGAUAUCCGAUCGUUAAGCCAAGAGCAGGUUGCUAUGGAGAUAAACUGGGGAAACCUGGCAUCAGAACAUAUGGAAUUCGAGAUGUCAGUGAAAUGUAUGACGUGUACUGCUAUGUGGGAAAGCUUCGAGGUGAGGUGUUCUACCCCCCCAGCACUCAGUUGACCUUUCAGCAAGCCCGGGCCCUGUGUGAGAGGCUGGACGCCGAGCUGGCGUCCCCCGGCCACAUCCACGCCGCCUGGAGGGAGGGACUGGACCGCUGUGACUACAGCUGGCUCUCCGAUGGCAGCGUCCGCUACCCCAUCUCGGUCCCCAGGUUCCAGUGUGGCCGCGGCACGCUCGGCGUCCGAACGCUCUACCGCUUCGCCAACCAGACCGGCUUCCCCCUGCCCACCGAGAAGCAUGGCGCUUUCUGCUUCAAAGCACACGAGUUCACCACAACUGUAGCAGCGCCAACUACAGAGAGUCUCACCACCGCCUCACCCAAACAACGAGAGGAAGAGGAAUCUCAGGCAUCAACCGUUGAACCGCCCUCCAUGUUUUCCGCCACCAUGUCUGCCCCGGCCAGCCGAGUCUCCCCAGACGAGGACAGUUCAGUCAAAAUGACCACGCGCAUGCCUCCCUCCAAAGAUGUCACCGCCUCUGGCACCCCUGCCCCCACCACCACCUUUGAUGACUACACAGACGAGCUGAUGAGCAGAAUCCCCCAGCUUGAGUCCCUGCCCCUUCCUCUUCCUCCUCUCCCCCCCAAGAGGAAACCCGAGCUGGACGUUGACCCAGAGAGGGAGAGCAGCGCCGAUGGCGGCAGCGGCGUGGAGGACAUUCUGCCCCUGGCCACGCCAGGAUCGCCAGUCAUCGUGUACAAGGAAGAAGGAACGGGAACAGAACCGUCCACUAGUGUGACCCCCAUGCCGGGCGUCUCCGGAGGUGCUGAGAAGCUGCCAGAGGGCAAGCCCGGUGACAAGGUCGAGCACAGCACCCGGGACACGGUGGUCAUCGCCGAGUCUGCGCCAGCAACCACAAUGGGCCCAGACGUCCAGCUGCCCUGGGUGAUCGGUGUUGACAGUGCGGGACAGACCGACCUCAGCCCCUCCAAACCACCCUUCCAUCUCAUCAUCGUCAACGUGGAUCACAAGAACCAGUCGGCUGACGACAUUGUGCAACUCAUUGGCGGAAUCUCAGCCCCAGGGAUCACAUUCCCUCUAAUCCCACCAUUUGAUGAACAGCCCACCAAAGACAGCGAGUCUCCUCCUGGAAGUGGUGAUGGUGGUCCUGUUGCUGCUGCUGUCACCGUUAGCCCAACGUUGAGUUUCAUCAACGGCAACCACGAAAUCACCAUCAAACCAGACGAGGCAGACAACCAGGAAGCGAGGGGUGACCAGUUCGAGGUGGUCACUCCGGCCGGAACCCACCCAGAUGGAGUGGACGGCACGGAGACUGAGACCACGACUCGCUUUGAUUACGUGAUCUUAGUGAGCACGGACGAGGGGGGCGAGACGUUUGGGGUUGGCUCAGUCUCGCCGACAUCUUCUUCAGUAACAGCUCCAACUAGCACAACGCUGACUGGCCCCGAUGCAAGCCUCGAGACCACCUCUGUGUCCACACAGCAGCCCGCAACUACACUGGACACGUUAGCAAGCAGCAAAAUGUCCGGACCUGAUGCACUCUCUCCUGCCUCAACAAGCAGUUCGACCACGGCCGAGGUCGUGGAGGGAUCAGGCAGCCACCCGACAGACGACGACGACGACGUUCACCGCGAAGGCUCGGGCGAAGAAACUCCUCCGACCACCACCACGCGCGGCCCCAUCACCGUGGCCACGGACGAGGCCGAGAUCGCAGAGGGCGGCAAGACCUCGGAGACGCUCGGAGUGCAGCACUCCACAGCGAGCACGCUCAGCAUCGCCACUCACACAGCCGCGCCUGGGGAUCUCAGGAAGCCGACGGGCCCAGAGGACUACGAAGGCUCCACGUCGACCGACCAGGAUGGGUCCGGUGGGGAUCCCUCAGAAGAGGACCAGCGCCCCACAUCAGCUCCCACUUUUACCGUUGUCUCUCAUGGCCCUGUGGACAGACCAGUGAGCGCUGGUGAACCCGGUGAAACCCAUCGGCCAGUCACAGGCACUGGCUCCCCGCUUGUAGUGCCUGGCGUUGCGGUAACACCGACGACCACAACGGACGAGAUUGUGGAGGAGGGUGCCUCCGGAGACCGCAGGCCAGAGGACAUUGACCGAGAGCUGGGCAGCGGUAAUCAGACGAUCAGGGAGGAUGGCAAGGACACGACAAUGGAGAGUCCUCUGGCUGUUCCGGUGACCAUGCGUGAAGGUGGCUCUGGGGAGGACAUUCGCAAGUCAACUUUGGAAGAGUCUGUUGUGACUGCUACUCUGACAACCAUGCCGCCUGCAUUGGGUCCUGUGACUGGAGACGUUGCUGUGUCCACUGCUGAUGACCGUAAGGAAGUGCAAACCACAGGACCUGCUGAUGUCUCCGUGGAUGUGGCUGAGGGCACUUCCCCACCUGUCACAGAGGUCAUUCAUGAAAAAGAAGUCUCUGCUGAGGACACAUCUUCACUGUCCGCUGCUGUGACCUCUAGCCCAGAAACCAAGGUCACUUCCCUCGCGGCUUCCACAGAGUCUAAAGAUUCCGCAGUGUCAAGAGAGGUAGACGUGACCUCUAGCCCAGAAACCGAGGUCACUUCCCUCACGGCUUCCACAGAGUCUAAAGAUUCCGCAGUGUCAAGAGAAGUAGACGUGACCUCUAGCCCAGAAACCGAGGUCACUUCCCUCACGGCUUCUACAGAGUCUAAAGAUUCCGCUGCGUCACGAGAGGUAGACGAGACCCAGUCGGCUGUGGUCACUAUCAAGCCUCUCACCACAGGUCUGCCCAUCACAACCACAUUGAGUGCCACCCCCCCGUAUGAUGAUUAUGAAGACAUCACCGAUCGCUCACAUAUUGUAGAAGCUGGCCCGCCUCCACGAACCUGGACAACCGCAGAGCCUGAGACGGACACCGGCCAUGGCGUCGAAGGGCAAACUGUGGACCUUCCAGCUCUUGUCCUGUGUCCUGAGAGUGACUGUGGAAAUGGAGGCACCUGCUACCUGCAAGGAAAAGUCACCACCUGCCUCUGUGCUACAGGAUUUGAGGGAGAUCGCUGUGAGAAAGACCUUGAUGAGUGUCAGUCAAACCCUUGUAUGAAUGGAGCUACCUGCAUAGAUGGUUCAAACUCCUACACCUGCGUCUGCCUGCCUAGCUACUCUGGUCCCAACUGUGAACAUGACACCGAAACAUGCGACUACGGCUGGCACAAGUUCCAGAGUCACUGCUACAAGUACUUCAGCCACCGCCGCACAUGGGAUGCGGCCGAGAGGGAGUGCCGCCUGCAGGGGGCGCACCUGACCAGCAUCCUGUCCCACGAGGAGCAGAACUAUGUCAACCGUUUGGGGCAUGACUACCAGUGGAUUGGGCUGAACGAUAAGAUGUUUGAGCAGGACUUCCGCUGGACUGAUGGCAAGCCCAUGCAAUUUGAGAACUGGAGGCAAGGACAGCCAGACAGCUUCUUCUCGACCGGUGAGGACUGCGUGGUCAUGAUCUGGCAUGAGGACGGCCAGUGGAACGAUGUUCCCUGCAACUAUCACCUGACCUUCACCUGCAAAAAGGGAACAGUGGCUUGCAAGCAGCCGCCCGUCGUGAAGGACGCGCGGGUGUUUGGCAGCAUGAAGGCGCGCUAUGAGAUCAACGCCCUGGUGCGCUACCACUGCAAGGACGGCUUCAUUCAGAGGCAUGUGCCCACCAUCAGGUGUCGAGCGGACGGCCGCUGGGACACUCCCAAAAUCACCUGCUUGAGCCCUUCCACGUACCACCAGGCCGUGUCCCAGAAAUACCAGUACAGCAACUUCCUCAAUGGCAACAAGAAGCGCCUCAAUGACGUCAGGCAAGGCCAACGCUGGAGCGCCCAGCAGGUCAAGACGCCGCACUGAUUCUCCACUCCGCUCGUGAAACGCCAAGAGAACACCAGAACGUGCCUGCAUCACAACUACACAGAAGCAGUCCCACAGGCUGCUAUGGACACACACACAAUAAUAGUCUUGUAUGAAUGUUUGAAUGAGUAUUUUGAUGCCAUUGUGCGAACAUCAUCAGUCUUAAGGAGAUAGGACAGAAAAGACACCACUGAACUGUAGUUAUUGUCGUUUGACUAUGCAAUAAUAUGUUUUUUUUUUAUUUCUGUGUUUUUAUACUGGGGUAGGGUUUACCCCAUGGGAAUCAGAUGCAUAGAGUUGUAAAGGACGUGAAGCUUGUAAAUAGGCGAUCAUGCUUAUUCGAGGUCCAUUCGGUUUGCAUUCCGAGUUAGAGGAACUGGAGUUGUUGUUGACCUGUUUUGGCUCUUUGGUCCUUCAGUUUGAGUUCCCCAGUCAGUCGUUAUUUUAGCUGACAUUCAUGACUCUAUUUGCAUUGAGAUUGAGGGUCAUGGUGGGCGGGGAGGGGCAGUCACUGAAGACAGGGAGGAGCUUAGAGCGUAGGGAAUCUAAUGACUGUACUGAUAUGAUUGUCUAUAUAGUAAGAAGCUCUUCUGCAAACUCAGAACAAAGGGCAACCUCUCUGCUGAACACAUGAGUAUGUAUAAGGACACUAUUGGCCUCCUGAGGAGGUAGUGGAGGAUGCAUCACAAGUGUCACUUUUGUAAUUCUUUGCUUAUCAAGGUCAAAGUUAUAUUUACUGUAACUAUUCUCCAGUAUUUACAAAAAUAUAACACCCAAAACAAUUGUAACUAGAAAUAUGAUAAAUAAGGGGGUUGUAUAUAUAGGUAGCCAUUUUUUUUUAAUGAAUGUUAUAACAGACAGAAAAUGCUGUAUGUGUGAUUGCGUCAGCCAGAGAUAUUUUCCACCAGACAAAAUUUAGACAAGACCAUAUAUGUUUAAUUUAUUGCAAAUGUUUUCUUAUAACAAUGAACUGUGAGAUUUGAGUCUUUAAAAUAAUUAUUAUUAAAUAAAUGGAUGUAUUCCAGA